UGUCAAGGAUGUUUGAUUAAAGUGUAUCACUUUCAGCAUUUUAACAUUUUGAUUAAGACUGUUUCACUUACAGAUCGUGGGUACUAUUCCCCAGAGACCGUCACCCUGUUAGUGGCUCUAAAAGUUCGUUAUAGACACAGAAUUACAAUUCUUCGUGGAAAUCAUGAGAGCAGGCAGAUCACUCAAGUAUAUGGAUUCUAUGAUGAAUGUUUGAGAAAGUAUUUUACCGACCUGUUUGAUUACCUUCCUCUUACAGCCCUUAUUGACAGCCAGAUCUUUUGCUUACAUGGAGGACUUUCACCAUCAUUGGAUACACUAGAGAAUAUCCGAGCAUUGGACCGCAUACAAGAGGUCCCACAUGAAGGACCAAUGUAUUGUGAUCUGUUGUGGGCUGAUCCAGAUGACAGAUGCGGGUGGGGAAUAUCUCUACGUGGAGCCGGCUACACGUUUGGACAAGAUAUAGCUACGUGUUAUUUUUAA